UUUUCAUCGACAACAAUACUAUUUAAAGACCUGAGGACUGAAGUUACUUCAGAUUAGACAGUAAGCUGCCGUGUCAAUCGCCCGUGAUAGGUGGGCAGAGAGCUUUUCUCAGAAUAUUUUAUUACAUCAAGCGCUAUUUUUCGUUUUUGCUUUCGUCGAUUAUUCGCUAAGCAAAUCAGAAAUAGAACCUGACCUCAGCUGGCUCAGACACUAUUAAAUCCAAUAACAUCGAGUUCUUCAUUUCAUUGUGAAAUCCGUGAGGUUGGAAGAAGUUUGUCAGUUAGAUAUAUCCCGUUUCAGCCCGAGUCGAACUUGUCAUUACAAACGAGAAGAAGACGGCGUCAUGAGUGUAAUAGAAGAUGUUAUUGAAGUCUUGUGUAUUGGGUCGAUUGUGGCUACUUUCCUGCUCAACACCUAUCGUGCUAAAAACGCUAUCGAGUUAUCUAAGGAAUGCUUGAUUCUUCUCGACAACAUAGCUAGCAAACUCGUUCCUGAUGAAGAAUUCGUCAAGAUAAUUUACAACAAAGUAUACUCUACGCUGUUCGUGGCGUCUUGUAUUAUCCAUGAUCACACAAAUGCAGCUCAAUAUGGCAGGAAGCUACUUGUCAUACACCACGAAUUGGGUGACAGAACAAACGAAUGCAACCUGAGCAAGGCACUGGCAAGCAUUUAUCUUCAGCAAAGUAAAUAUGUUGACGCAAAAGAACUUUAUGAGAGAGCAAUCAGCAUAAUUGAAGACACUGGUAUCGAGAAAGGGAGAGCAGACGUCUACGAGAGACUCGGAUGGGUGUGUUAUCAUCUUAGCGAAUAUGUUAAAGCUAAAGAGUAUAUUGAAAAAGCCCUUGCGAUAUCAACAGAAAUUGAACACAGAGUAGGAAUAGCAUCGUGUUAUGGAAACCUAGGAACGAUAUUUCUGUCUCUUGGUGAGUAUGUCGAAGCAGAAGAGUACCUGGAGAAAGCACUUGCCAUCACGGAAGAUAUUGGUCACAGACGAGGAGAAGCCGCGUGUUGUGGCAACCUUGGAGCUGUGUUUAAAUCGCUUGGUAAAUAUGUCAUAGCUGGAAAGUAUCUUAAGAAAGCACUAAGUAUCACAAAAGAAAUCGGAGACAAAAGAGGAGAAGCUUCCUGCAAUGCAAAUCUUGGAACUGUUUUUAAAUCCCUUUGCCAGUAUAGCAAGGCUCAAGAGCAUCUUGAGAAAGCUCUUGCUCUCAGAUCAGAGGUUGGUGACAAACAUGGAGAGGCAUCUGAUUACGGGAACCUAGGGAAUGUAUUUCUAUCCCUCGGGAAGCCCGCGAUAGCUGAAGAGUGUCUUGAGAAGGCGCUUGCAAUCAGAAAAGACAUUGGUGACAGACGAGGCGAAGCAGCAGAUUACGGCAGCCUAGGGACUCUGUUUACCUCUCUUGGUAAGUACAUUAAGGCUAAAGAACACCUGGAAAAAGCACUUGCGAUCAGAAUAGAAAUUGGUGACAGACCCGGAGAAGCAACUGAUUACGGAACCUUGGGAAAUGUGUUUCGAUAUCUUGGAGAUUAUAUCAAGGCUAAAGAAUUCAUCGAAAAAGCACUUGCGAUCAGAAAAGAAAUUGGUGAAAGACACGGAGAAGCCACAGAUUACGGAAACUUGGGAAAUGUAUUUCAAUUUCUUGGUAAAUUUAGCAAAGCUAGAGAAUAUUACGAGAAAGCACUUGCUAUGAUGGUAGAAAUUGGCGACCGACAAGGUGAAGCAUCAUGUUAUGGCAACCUAGCAACAGUGUUUCAAUCUCUUGGUGAAUAUGUCAAGGCUAGAGACUAUCUCGAGAAAGCACUCGUGAUUAAUGUGGAAAUUGGUGAUAGAAAAGAAGAAGCAACAGAUUAUGGAAACAUGGGAACUGUGUUCAGAUCCCUUGGUGAAUACAGAAAAGCUGAAGAAUAUCACAUGAAAGCUCUCGCCAUUAAAAAAGAAAUUGGGGACAGGCAAGGAGAAGCCUCAUGUUACGGAAACCUGGUAACUGUGUAUUUUUCAACUUGUGAAUAUACCAAGGCUAAAGAAUUCACGGAGAAGUCGCUUUCCAUCAGAGUAGAAAUUGGUGACAAACAAGGAGAAGCAGCAGAUUACGGAAAUCUUGGAACUGUAUUUCUGUCUCUUGGUGAAUAUGUCCAGGCUGAGAGGGAAAUUUUGAAAGCAAUUGAGAUCAGAAAAGAAAUUGGCGACAGACAAGGAGAAGCAUCAGACUACGGAAACCUUGGAAAUGUGUUUCUUUCUCGUGGUGAAUACCUCAAAGCUAACGAAUAUCUUGAGAAAGCGCUUAACAUCAGAAAAGAAAUUGGCGACAGAGAAGGAGAAGCAAGAGAUUACACAAACUUAGGAGCAGUGUUUCAAUCUCUUGGUGAACACGACAAGGCAAUAGAAUUCGAUGAGAAAGCACUUGCAAUUACACGACAAAUUGGUAACAGAGAAGGAGAAGCAGCAAGUUACGGAAACCUAGGAGCCGUUUUUCAAUCUCUUGGUAAACAUGCUAAGGCUGUAGAGUAUCUCAAGAAAGCCCUUGCGAUCAAAAUUGAAAUUGGUGACAAACGAGGAGAGGCUGCAGAUUACGGAAACCUUGGAACCGUGUUUAAAUCCCUUGGUAAAUAUGGCAAGGCUGAAGAAUAUCACAUGAAAGCACUUGCGAUUAAAAAAGAAAUUGGAAACAGACAGGGUGAAGCCGCAUGCUAUGGAAACCUAGCAACUGUGUUCACAUCUCUCAGAGACUAUGUCAAGGCUGAGCAGUGUCUUGAAAAAGCACUUUUCAUAAGCAGGGACAUUGGAGACAGUGAAGAGGAAGUUAAAAGCCUUUAUAACUUUGCCUGGCUGAAGUUUUUAGAGGGAAAGAUUGAGGAAGCGUUUUUAUAUCUCCUUUCAAGCGUCCAAAAAUGCGAGGAUUUGAGAAGUGUACUUGGAGACAACGACCAAUUCAAGAUUUAUUUUGCAGAUGAGUACGGUUUAGCCUACAAGUGGCUCUUUAGAAUGAUUUUUGACGCAGGGUUUCCAAUUAAGGCUCACUAUGUUGUUGAGCUGGAACGGGCCAGAGCCCUAGUAGACUUGAUCUCGGCGCAGUAUUGCGUGGAAAAACAGAUCUUCGGCCUAAAUCCCAAAUCGUGGUAUGGUAUUGAAAAGGUGAUAGAGAGAGAAAGUAACUCAAUAUGUCUUUACAUUUCUUAUCACGCUCAGAGAAUGUAUCUAUGGAUUCUCGAAACCAGCGGCGUCAUCCAUUCCCUGAGAAGAGAGGUAGAUGAAAGCAUGUCUGAGGAAAGAUUUGAUGAAUAUUUUGCUAAAAACUUCAGAACAUUUGGUUUGUUGCCAGAGAAGAAUUGCGAAGAUCGAUCGUUAAAUGACUGUCAACUUAACCCUAACUCAUCCGAGGAAUGCAGCCGCGCAGGCCAACGACUUGUUGAAGAAGAUGAAGAAAGCGAAGAGUGCAAACCUUGUCUUUCCCUUUGCUACAAAAUGAUGAUCGCUCCCACGGUUGAAUUACUCAAGGAAAGCGAAAUCAUCAUUGUGCCUGACCGCGCCUUGUACAAAGUUCCAUUUGCAGCGUUAAAAGAUGAAAGUGGGAAGUAUUUAUCAGAGACUUUCAGGAUCCGCAUAGUUCCUUCUUUGACAACUCUCAAGCUAAUUCAGAACAGUCCUGAAGACUAUCACAGUCAGACUGGUGCACUGAUAGUGGGUGAUCCUGAGGUUGGUCAAGUGUUUUACAAGGGAGUUUAUAGAAACGUGUCACGAUUGCCCUGUGCUAAUAAGGAAGCGGAAAUGAUUGGAAGACUGCUGGGUGUUCAGCCUUUGCUGGCAGGGAACGCAACCAAGCAGGCAGUUCUUCAGAGGAUACAUUCCGUGAGUCUUAUACACUUUGCCGCGCAUGGUAACGCUGAAAGAGGCGAAAUAGCGCUUUCCCCCGUACGUCCUACCAACAAGACUCCUCAAGAAGAAGACUACUUAUUGACAAUGUCUGAAAUUUCAAGUGCUCAGCUCCGAGCUAAACUGGUGGUUCUUAGCUGUUGUCACAGCGGCCAAGGGCGGGUCAGAGCAGAGGGAGUUGUUGGAAUUGCACGAGCGUUCCUAGGUUCUGGUGCUCGCUCAGUGUUGGUGGCACUGUGGGCCAUUCAAGACAUCGCGACAGAACAGUUUAUGAACUGUUUCUAUGAUCACCUUGUUCGUGGUGAAAGUGCCAGUGAAUCUCUUCACCAGGCCAUGAGGUGGAUGAGAGCUAACGGCUAUUCUGACGUGACCCAGUGGGCUCCUUUUAUGCUGAUUGGAGAUGACGUGACUUUUCACUUUGGAAGAUAAACGCAAAUUUCAGUAAGGAACAAAUGGAUUGUUAUUUGGAAAGCAAUUCAAAAUUGAAUUCAGUCCAAUAGAUUGUAAAGAAGUCUACCAGCCUCUAGCUUCAGUAUAACUACAUUAGAGAGGGAAAACAGACUAUUUCUCUUUUAAAAAGUGGAAUGUUUCAUUCGGCUCAACCGAACGUCAUCAGCCACAUGAAGUUCGGUUGAGGCUAGACUUGCCACAAGUCGACUGCGAAAAGAGAGCGAGCGAGCAGAAGCGAGGGACGAAGUCUAAUCUAGCGGAAACGGGCUUUGAGAAAGUCUAGGUUGAGGCGAACGAAAUACUCCACUUUCUAAAAGAGUGAUAUUGCGCUCGGAGUACAGGAAAUUAUUUUAAAUUUUAAGCAUGAUUCUAUAGCAGGAAAAUAUAUAUUUUUUUAUUGUAGACUGUUUCUCUUUCUUUAAGUGUAAGUAAAAAUUGAUGGCUUUUCAAUCUGACCUACCCACGAUAGCGAACUUGACAAGCUUUACUUGUUGGUGUUUUAUAACAGAUUGAGACUCGAACUCUAUCUUUCAACUAUCGCGACAAAUGUAGCAUUCAUGCAUGCAUUAUUAUCACGUUUUACUCACUGUCAGUGACAACAUUUAGAAAACCACUGUAAGAAAGUGCGCGAUGAAAACCGCAUAACCAGUUCGACUACAGUAUGGACUUAACGAGAGUGAGAGCAAAGAGAGUUUACAUUGUAAUCGAAAUUAAUUGACAAGACGUUAAAGGGGCUAGGUUACCCAAUUUUAGGCAAUUUCAGCACUGAUCAAAUGGUCAUAGAAUUAACUAAAAUAUCACAAAAACGACUCAUAACUAUAGAAGAUCUCAAACAAAACACAGGAAAGCCAAGAAGGGACAUGGAUGGACAAAACUGGUGAGGAUUACAUUUGGAUAAAUUUGAUAAACGUCGACCCACCUUUUUUCAAAUUUAUAUCAGUUUAUAUCAAAACGUCGUUGACACAGCUGGAAAAUCAU